AUGGCGUUCUUGUCGAUGGCUCACCCGGCGAUCACCCUCUCCGGAAUUGCAGGAAACAUCAUAUCCUUCCUGGUGUUCCUCGCACCAGUAACGACGUUCCUGCAGCUGCACCGCAUGAAGUCGAGGUUCAGCUCCGUGCCGUACGUGGUGGCGCUCUUCAGCUCGGUGCUCUGGAUCUUCUACGCGCUCGUCAAGACCAACUCCAGGCCGCUGCUCACCAUCAACGCCUUUGGCUGCGGCGUCGAGGCCGCCUACAUCGCCUUCUACCUCGUCUACGCGCCCCGGAGGGCCAGGGUCAGGACCAUCGCCUACUUCCUGCUGAUGGACGUGGCGGCCUUCGCGCUCAUCGUGCUCGUCACACUCAAAGUCGUCGCCCAGCCCCACCGGGUCAAGUUCCUCGGAAGCGUCUGCCUCGCCUUCUCCAUGGCCGUCUUCGUGGCGCCUCUCAGCAUCAUCUUCAAGGUGAUCAAGACGAAGAGCGUGGAGUUCAUGCCCAUCAGCCUGUCCUUCUGCCUCACCCUGAGCGCCGUCGCCUGGUUCUGCUAUGGACUCUUCACCAAGGACCCCUACGUCAUGUACCCGAACGUCGGCGGCUUCUUCUUCAGCUGCAUCCAGAUGGGGCUCUACUUCUGGUACCGCAAGCCCAGGAACGUGAACGCCGUGCUGCCGACGACGACCGACGUCGCCGCCCCAGCCGCGCAAGGGGGAGCUAGCUGA